UUGACGAGAGUGCAUCCUUUGUAACCGCAGAGCACCACCAGCUAGCUUCUUUCCUUCCACCCAAAGCAUGUCCACAACAACAUGUAGCUAGAGAGGUCGAGCAUGCCAUGGAGGUCGCCGUGGUGGCUAUCGGCACUCUCCUCCCAAAGCUCGGCGAUCUUCUCAGAGGUGAGUUCACCCUGGAGGAACAUGUGAGGAAAGGCAUCAGCUCUCUUGUGAGAGAGGUCACACUGAUGCGUGCCUUCCUCCAUAAGGUGGCGAGAAUGCCACCUGAGCAGCUCAAUGGGCGGGUCAAGAUCUGGGCAAGAAGGGUGAAGGAGUUAACCUACAAAAUUGUGGACAUUGUCGAUGCCUUCAUGGAGCAUGCGGAGGAAGGUGAUGACCCUGCCAACCAGAAAAACAGAGCUAAGAAGUUACUCAAGAAAACCAUCAAAUUAUUGAAGAAGGACAAAGAUCUCCAUUGGAGUGCUCUACAAGAAGCUGUUGAUCAAGCUAAAGAAUUAACUGAGCUGAGCCAAACGUAUGAGGUGGAAAUUAGGGAUACCGAUUUUAUUGCUCAUAUUGAUUCUCGUAUAAUGGCUUUGUACACGGAUGUGGAAGAGCUCAUUGGGAUUGAAGAUUCCAGGGACAAGUUGAUCAAUGUGUUGACCGAAGGUGAUAAUUGGUCGAAGCAACCAUUGAAGACGAUCUCUGUUGUUGGAUUUGGUGGAUUGGGCAAGACAGCUCUUGUCAAAGCAGUGUAUUGUAAGAUCAAAUGGCAAUUUGAUUGUUAUGCUUUUGUUUCGGUUUCUCAAAAUCCCGACUCGAAGAAAGUCUUCAAGGAUAUUCUCUAUGAACUUGACAAGAACAAGUAUGCAGACAUUUAUAACAAGGCAUGGGGCGAAUCCAAAUUGAUCAACAAACUCAUUGAAUACCUUCAUGGCAAGAGGUACCUCAUCGUGACAGAUGACAUAUGGAAUGGAGAAGUGUGGCAACUUAUCAAGCGUGCUCUCUCAAGAAAGAACAAUCUUGGCAGCCGAAUAAUCACUACAACCCGCAUAGUCAGUGUAUCUGAAGCAUGCUGUUCAUCUGCUAAUGAUUCAAUAUAUGAAAUGGAACCUUUGUCUGAUGAGGACUCAAAAAAACUCUUGUAUGCUAGAAUAUUUGGUUCUGUGAAUGGAUGUCCACAUGAAUUUGAACAGGUAUCUAGUGACAUCUUGAAGAAAUGUGGCGGGGUCCCUUUAGCCAUCAUUGCUAUGUCUUCUGUUUUGGCUGGUGCUCCGCAGAUGAAAUCAAAGGAUGAAUGGCAUGUCUUGCUCAAGUCUAUUAGUCAUGAAGACAGCAGUUGGAAGGAGAUGCAGAGGGUAGUAUCUUUUAGCUACUAUGAUCUUCCCUAUUAUCUGAAGACUGGUUUAUUGUACUUGAGUACAUUCCCUGGUGGUCACCCAAUUGAAAGAGACCGGUUGGUGAAGAAAUGGAUCAAUGAAAGGAUUGUAACUAGUCAGAAGCUUAGUCAAGAAGGAUUAGCAAGACGUUACUUGGCCGAACUCGUCAAUAGAAAUGUUAUUCAUCCGCUGGAAUGGAACAACCAUUCUGAGGUGAUAUCCUACCAUAUCCACCCUCUGAUGCAUGAUUUCCUUAAAACCAUAGCCAUAGAAGAGAAGUUUGCUGCUUCACUUGAUGACAAAGAUAUUUCAAGUGCACAUCAUAUGAACUUCACUCACCUCUCCAUUGACUGUCCAGAUACAGAAAAUCUAAUUGGUCUAUCAAGUAUGGCCUUUAAUUGUAGUGUCCGCUCCUUAACUGUUUUUGGUCAUGCAAACCGAAUUCUGCUGGGGCACUUUGAAGGUAUACGCCAUUUGGAUUUGGAUGGCUGCAAAAGCAUAGAGAGAGCUGAUGUGGAGUACAUUUGUAGCAUGGUCCAGCUGAAGCAGUUGUGCCUUGCAAAGACAGAUAUCACAGAGCUCCCACCACAAAUAGGUAACCUACACUAUUUGGAGGGGCUUGAUGUAGGAGGGACUCAAAUCACCCAGCUCCCAACAGAAAUUGGCAAGUUACAGCAUCUGAAGACUCUAGAUGCAAGGAAGUCAGGAUUCAAGGAAAUACCGGAUCAAAUUCUCCGGCUCACGGGACUGGUCCAUCUGCUUAUUGGUGACAAUGAAUCCUGUGAAGGAGUGAAGUUACCUUAUGGAUUUGGGAAGCUGACAUCACUGGAGCAAUUAGGCACCAUUGAUUUGAGGAAAUGUUCGGCAUCCUCUCUGAAGGAGCUUGGUAAGCUCCAGAAUCUCGACGAGAUUGUAGUACUGUUAAGUGAUGAGCCGGAACACACACGGAUGAAUGAUGUGCUGCUGUCUUCCCUCAGUUCUACCAGGCUGAGAUCCCUGGUGGUUUGUAGUGAUUUCAGGUUGAGCACACUACUGGAUACACAGUACAUUCUCAACUGUAGGAAGAAUCUUACAGUGGUAAGAAGAUCCUUGGACGUUCCGUCUCAUAUUGCAAAGAAUUGCUCCGAGAGCUGCAAUCAGUACAAUCUCAUUCUUCGUAUGCUGGAUAUCAGAGUCUGCAAGGUAGAGGAGGAGGAUCUGAAGAUACUCCGAGAGCUGCCUAGAUUGCAGAUCCUCAUCGUGCGGCUUGAAGUCCUCCCAACAGAAAUGAUACGUAUCAGCUGUGAGGGAUUUGCAAAACUUGAGAGGUUCUACGUUGAUUCCCGAAUGCCAAGGGUAAUCUUUGAGGAAGGAGCCAUGCCAAAGCUGGAACAUCUUGAGUUCAAGCUGUACAAUGGAUCAGCUAGUGAAGAACAUAUGGGCAUCAAGCACCUCCUAAACCUUCAAAAGGUUACUCUCCGGUACUCCAAAUGGUAUGCAACCAACAAGGGCGUCCAGAAGAUAACUGAAGCCUUGAAAGCUGAGUGUAAGGAGCACCAGAACAACAUCACUCUAUGCAUCGCUGAAGAGGACAAAGAUGGUGACUGCAUCCCGAAGACUGAGAUUUUUCAAGAGAACAGAGUUUCUAGUUCCAGUAAGAGGCCUGAGAUUGUAAAAGCAGCUGCAGAAGAAGAAGAAGAAGAAGAAGAAGAAGAAGAAGAAGAAGAAGAAGAAGAAGACACACAGGAGGGAGGCUUUCAUCAGAGCAGCCAUGCUACUGCUAGCUUCAGUGGGACCAGCGAGAUCGAAGAAGUUGUGGAGUAGCUCAAUGAAGCUUUAAUAUUUGAGCCGUGCUUCAACCAACCGCAUGUCGUGUUUAUUUCUGUUGUUUCCAAACUUCAAAUUCCCAAACAUUUGGCAGACGAGAGACUUAGCAUUUAUUCUUUUCCAUUUGGACUCUAUAAUUGUUCAUUUUAUCAAAACGUGAUUGUACUAUUUGUGAAUACGUUUGUCUCUUGUACCUAUAUCCUGGAA